GAGCAACUUAUCAUUGUUCUCUCCCGACUGAGAUCUCAAAGCCAAACCCAACCCUUAACAAUUUCAAUUCAAACGUUUUAUAAAACAAAAUCUCCUAUUUUUCUGAGAGCUACUCCAACUUCUCCGAUCAUACAGAAAAAUAGUUCCUUUGCUUUUCAUAGUUGUUUUUUUAUUGGAAAAGCUUCGAUCUUUACUAUAUAUUGAAGAUCUGCCGCUCUGGGUUUAACUUAUUCAACCUUUUCAGAAACCCACUUGAAUUUCACCAUGAUCUGCUCUGUGAAGCAAUACUCCGCCGUGACAAACGGGUCCGACAUCUUUCUGCGGCGCAGCACACGGCCGACGCCGGUGCAACGGUCACUGCUUUUUCCGUCUCUCCAGGGGCAAAAGACUCAGAGAUCAGUAAUCUCGGUCCAAAAGGCAUUGCACGUGUCUGCGAUCAGGAGUCUUGGUGGGUUGCCAACGCCGACUCGAACAAGUGUGAACAAAUGUCAGGCGUUCGAGGCCGACCGAUCACAGCCGAUCGAGUCCAACGUCGACCUUGCGAAUGUCGAUGCUAAAGUGGAGGCGGCAAAGAAGCUGAAGAUCGGCGUAUAUUUUGCUAUGUGGUGGGCGCUGAACGUGGUGUUCAAUAUAUACAAUAAGAAGGUGUUGAAUGCUUACCCCUUCCCAUGGCUCACCUCCACUCUGUCUCUGGCAUGUGGGUCUUUGAUCAUGCUAGUCUCCUGGGUAACCAGGAUUGCUGAGGCCCCCAAAGUUGAUAUGGAGUUCUGGAAAGCUCUGUUUCCUGUUGCUGUGGCACAUACAAUUGGGCAUGUAGCAGCUACUGUUAGUAUGUCUAAGGUUGCAGUUUCUUUCACCCAUAUCAUCAAGAGUGGAGAGCCAGCUUUCAGUGUAUUGGUUUCGAGGUUCUUGCUGGGCGAGUCCUUCCCUAUGUCAGUCUACCUGUCCCUCCUUCCAAUCAUCGGUGGUUGCGGUCUUGCUGCCUUGACGGAGCUUAACUUUAACAUGAUAGGAUUCAUGGGGGCCAUGAUAUCAAACCUGGCCUUUGUAUUUCGGAACAUAUUUUCGAAGAAGGGCAUGAAGGGGAAGUCUGUUAGCGGAAUGAACUAUUAUGCUCUUUUAUCUAUUAUGUCUCUCCUAAUUCUCAUACCAUUUGCAAUUGCGGUGGAAGGACCACAGAUGUGGAAAGCUGGAUUUGAUACAGCUUUCACUCAAAUUGGACCCAACUUGAUUUGGUGGAUGGCGGCUCAGAGUGUCUUCUAUCAUCUGUACAACCAAGUGUCAUACAUGUCCCUGGAUGAGAUUUCUCCCUUGACAUUUAGCAUAGGAAACACCAUGAAACGUAUAUCCGUCAUAGUAUCCUCCAUCAUCAUAUUCCACACCCCUGUCCAGCCCGUCAAUGCCCUUGGAGCUGCUAUUGCAAUUUUUGGAACCUUCUUGUAUUCCCAGGUAAAGCAGUGAGAAGCUCGGGCUCGAGGAAAUUUACCUGCAUGCAACAUAAACGACGGGAAAGGGAGGAGGCAGAGGCAGAGGCAGAGGCGGUGGAGCGGUGACGAUCCAUCGUUACUGAAUUUUGGUCGUAUGAACCAAGAGUGUAAUUGUACAUACCAAUAAUGAUCGAGACAACAUUUCCACCUGAAGAACUAGACAGGUUUUUUGUUUUCUUUUGUUUUUUCAUUAUUUUUAUUUUAAUGAGGUUGGAGGGAGAAAUAUUCAAUAAUAAGCUGGGUAUAAAUGUCAAUGUGGACCAUUGAGAGCAUAUUCCAAGUUGAUUGGUGGGUGUAUGCUUCAUGAGCUUUGUAUCCCGGAUUAUAAAUAUAUAAGGGCAGUAUCGUCCUCCUGCAGCAGUUUUUGUUUC